AUGAGCCAUCCGGCGAGGCACGCUACGCAAAACAAGGACCAUGACAUACAUCAUCCAAGAGAUACGUCGGAGCUGACCGAGAGUAUCUGGACCAGUGCGAGUCCCUCGACCGUUGGGUCUGUGGAUAUGGAUUCGCAUGCGCGCAGCCCCUCGCCGGCGUCUCCAUCUGCAUCUUCCGCCACGCAAUCUUUUUCAAGCUCGCCCGAGCGUAUGCCGGUGCUUGCCUCGACACCCGCCCUGCCGUCCAAACCGAGCUCUGCGGGCCUGCCCUACUCUGCGCGCCGCUCGGCUCACGCGCCGCUUAUUGGCAAAAGGGGCGUGCAUACCAUGUCCCCUGCAGCGCCGCUGCUUGAUACACACCGUGUUACGAGCAUGCGCUACGACGAAGAUGUACAGGACGAGGGGUUGAGUCGCGUGGGUAGCACUUCGGAUCUUACACUGGAUGAGCUCGGGCACGAGCAAGCGGGGGGACGCAACUCUAUGAGAGGACGUGUAGACUCCAUGACAAGCCUGAGCAACUUUAUUGGAAUGUCGGAACAGGAUAUGCGGCGCUCGGUUAGCACGCAGUCGUUCAACGACGGCGCUUUGCACGGCACACAUAGGCACCGGAACAGCUCGCGGGAGCACCUCUUGGGUGUACUUGGCCGCGGCGGCACCUCGCGUGAUGCGCUAAUGAUGCGUAGUGCAGUAAACGAUACGGCACGCGGCACCACCACCGGAAAGGGGGGGCAGCGCGUCGCCACGACCAUUGCGAAUAUGCUGCACAGCGCGCAGUCGAUGGACAGGCAUACAAAACCGAUCGUGUCCAAGUUUGCAGGCUACCAGCAGCAGUUUGACCCCGCCGCAAACACGCAGGAUAAAGUACAGUCGGCGCUGCACACGGACCGAGUCACGGGCAGGAUCGUCGCGGUGGAUGUGCGCCCCGUCUCCAUCUACAACGCUGACUUUGUAGAGCGCAUCAAGGCGCGCACGGCGAAUAAAGAGGGCCACUCAGGAGAAGACGCUUUUCAAGAUCCGCCGCAGUACCGCUACCUGUUGGACUAUGCGCUCAGUGGCCCGCCAAUCAGCAAGGAAGCGCUCGGCAGCGCAGAACUCUCGCCGCGUCUCGAGGCAAGUCUCCCGUUGGACGACCACGCCGAGGAGUUGAACGAGACGACGGUGCACGCGCGCGGCGCGCAUCGGCGCGACAAGCGGCGCGCCAAACAGAGCAAAAUGCUGGUUCCCGACUCUGUCGCCACCCUCGGUCCCAACAUGAUCCCUUUUCACUUUAUCCACGCGCUCACAAGCACUGCAGAGAAUCCACUCGCGCUCGACGAUGCGGAAGGCCCAGCGGUGGCCUCGCUUCUUCCUGGCGUCCCUGAAAAGAUGGACGCGAGCAGCAGCUCAGAAGGCGGCGCGGGCCAUGUACACUAUAUCGAUAACCAGUCUAUGCGCGCCAUUGCAUACACCGCACAAGCCAUCACGGUCCAGCGCAGCCAUACAGUCACACGCCGCUUUGCCGACCCGUUCCGCGAGGCCAUGACGCGCGUGGCAACAGCGUCAGGCUACUUAACCAAGCUUCGAACGCAGGCACAGGCGUUCGACACGCCGCAGCAGAGCCAAGAGCGCACCGUGCCGCGCAGCCACUUUUCCAUCGGCGCACAGCGCACUGGCGAGCGUGUAGAGCCGAGGCGCUCCAGCACCGCGCUCGCUGCGCUCGGCAGCCUCGCAGCGUCGAGUCAAGCGCCAGGUAGGUAG